AGGAAGCACGUUCUCUUUACAACUGCUUUUCACUCUAAACGGCGCCGUUUGACUUUGGCGGGUGAAAGCGUCGUGGCUGAAUUGGGGGAAUCAUGCCGAUGAAGAAGCUCUAGGUAUAGCAUACCAGAAGUUCACAGCUUGCUUUCUAAAAAUUUCGAAGAUUUCUCGAAAUUCGCGUGAUGGCACCCAGGACUCGGAAACCAGUAGCGAAAAGAAGAUCGAAUCAUGUAUCGCGAGAUGAGGGUGGCGUGGAGGAACACGGGAAAGAACAAAACGAGCAAGAACCAGAGCUGGAAGUCAGUCAACAACCGAUUCCAAAGCAAGUGAUGACUCGUAGCACUCGAAGUGCAACUGCUAGUCGUACUGCUCGUUCUGGGAUUCUAGAUAAGCUGCAAAUGAUGGGAAAUGAGCAGCAACUGGAGCCACAAGUCCUUCCACAAGCUUCUAUGGAGAAAGUGACAGGUCCUAGAACUCGGGGAGCAACUGGAAACCAAAGUGGGUAUCACAGGUUCGAAGAAUUGGAUCAAAUGGAUGGAGAUGGGCAACUCCAAAAUGAAGAAGAACAACAAAACCAAGAAACGGCUCCCAGGUCCCAAAGAUCAACUGUAAGUAGAAGACUAAAUCAUGAUUAUCUGGAAGAGGAUGAAAUGGAGCAAUAUGGACAGCAAGACAACGAGCAGUAUACAAACUUGGAAGUCACUGAUGCACUUAAAAAUGCAUUACAGAUCUUGAUGGCUUCUGGUUCUCAAAGAGCGACUACCAAUCAAAACCACGGUGCUUUUCAAGAUAAUCAUCAAAGACGGGAGAACGGGAAUUGGAAAAAUAGGCGACAAAUGAGGCCACCAAUCAGUGAACAAGCUUCUGUCAUGACUCCUACAACUAGGAAGGCAACUGGAAGCCACCUUGGGUAUCACAGAUUACAAGAUGAGAUCCAAAUGGAAGUAGAUGGACAGCACCAAUACGAAGAACAACCCGACUUGCAAAUGAUUCGGCAAGUAUUGACUUCCAGUACCCGAAGAUCAACUGCAAAAAGAAAAAUAAAUCAAAGAUUAUUAGACAGGGAUGAAAUAGAGAAACAUGGGCAGCAAGGAAAUGAACAGCUAAACAUGGAAUACACCCAAGAAGUUGAAAGGGCAUUAAAGAUUUUGAUGGCUCCUAGUACUCGCAAAGCAAUUACAAAUCUAACUUCCCGAUCUGGAUUUCGAGAAAAUAACCUAAUAACGGAAAAUGGGCAGCCAGAGAAUAGGAAACAACUACAGCCGCAAAACGGUCACCAAGCUUCGGUGAUGCCAUCUAGAACUUGGAAGGCAACUACAAACCAAAGUGGGUGUCACAGAUUACGAGACGAGGACCAAAUCGAAAGGCAUAGAGAACACCAAAAUGAAGAACAAUCAGAGUUUUUAACGACUCAGCAGACUAAGGAUAAACAAGUUAUGACUCGUAGUACCCGAAGACAAACUGCAGGAAGAAGAGUCUAUCAUGAACUACUCGAUGAGGAUGAAAUAGAGGAACAUGGGCAGCGUGAAAAUAAACAAGCAUCAGAUGUGGAAGUCACUCAAGCGAUUGAAAAUGCAUUGAAGAUCUUGAUGGAACCUAGUACUCGAAGAGCAACCACCAACGAAACUUCUCAUCAUGGAUUUCAAGAUACCAGUCAAGAAGCUUCUAUUUCUGCAGUGAUGCCUCCGAGAUCUCAGAAUGCGACUAGAAGCCAAAGUGGGUUUCACAUAUUAGAAGAUGAGGACCAAAUGGAGGGAGAUGAAGAACAACAAAAUGGAGAGCCACCAGCGAUGCAAAAGGCUCAACAAGCAAAUAAUGAAAAAGGAACAGUAAAGCGGGUCCGAGGACCUACUUUAUUGCGUGACAUUUGGGGAAGGAAUUCAGAUGAUGAGCUCAUCAAAGUUAAUUUCAACAAGAGAGGUCAACCUGUUGGCCCCAACAGAUUGAAAUUUACUGGGUUUUUAGGUACAUUAGCAAGAAAUGGUAAAUAUGCUCCACUUGACAUUGAUGACUGGCGCAAGGUGCCUAAAGAGAACAAGGAUGAGAUGAUAAAGUUUGUUAAGGAGAGGUUUGAAAUUCCCGAAGGCGCGGAACACUGGAUCUUGUUGUCCAUUGGCAGGAAGAGGAGUCAGUGGAAGUCGAGGGUUAAAAUUCAAUGUUUUGAUCCUACAUUGGCAGAAGAUAAUCAAACCCCUAAGCCACCUCCUCGUGUAAACAAAGAGCAAUUGAAGAAAUUGAUGUCAUACUGGGCCAAAGAAGAUGUAAUGGAAGAAUGUGAAAGAAACAAAAUUAGCAGCCAACGAUCGGUUUUGCAUCAAACUACAGGGAAGUUGAGCUUUGCCGAAUUGGAAGAAGAAUUGAAAGAGCGUUUGGGUCGAUCUCCAACACGUGUAGAGAUGUUUGCCGCAUGCUUUACUCAUCGUGAUGGCAAUCCCUCGACUCAUGAAGCUGGAGUUGCACUUGCUCGACUGAGAGAGAAACAGUCAAACCUGCCUCAAGGUUCAGAAGAUCUUCAGCCCAAUCACUCAUUUGCCAAAGAUAUAGGCCAUGAUCCAUUAGGUAAGGUACGGUUCGGAUUCGGUGCAAGGGGAGACACUCCAAGUCGCGGUACAUGCUUACGAAUGCUCUCGGAAAGCCAAGCAGCAAUGAGGCGAAUGGAGGAAAGGAUGGAUCGGUUUUCAAAAAUAAUUGAAAGAUUGCAGCCGGAAAGAAUGCAGCCAGAGCAAAACCAAAAUGACGUUCCUCCUACUCGCACUCCUAUAUCGCCUAAUCAAUCUUCCAACUCAAAUUUCAUAGGAUACAAACUUCAGGUUGGAGAUUCUGUGUGCUUGAAGAGUUUGUUCGAUCCAAAGAAAAUUGUGGCCAAAGGCUGUCUUGAACCUGUAGAUCCGGAUGAAUACGUUGGAGGAAGACGACUCGGAUCAAACUGGUAUGGAGUUCAGAUUUCUGUUCCCAUAGAGUGGGAUGAAGAUUUGAUUAGGCCGUUUUCAAACUUCUCUACAAUCGGAGAAGCAGUAGGAAAUCGCGUCGCAUGGCCUCACCACCUGGUUACUGAUAAAUAAAGAUAUUCAAGAAUAACUGGCUUUUGAUCAUUUGGUGGAAGGCUUUGAAGAUGAAUCACUAAAUUUAGAGGCAUUCUGAUCAUCAUUUACAUAUUUAUGUAUGCUGAAUUGUGUAAAAAUGGUUUGUGGGAUGUUAAUUUUGAAACGAUAUCUGUUAAA